GUAUAGUUAAUGGAAGACGCAGAAACGAUAUUAUGAAACGAAUACGUAUACUGUAAGUCAAACGUUCGAAUUAGAAUAGAGUCCCCACGAACACAAAUUUGCUGUGGCAGGUAUGAAAUAUAAACUCCGUUACUCGCUCAUUACACUUGAAGGACAGAUGUUGAAUGGGCCGAAACGAGCCGCCGCAUAACAGCGUAGUUUCCUGCUAACUUCGAAAGAAGGUAGAUGCGGUCCCUAGCGCAACUUAUAACAUCGUCAAAAAUCAGUGCAUACGUGAGAGCUUUGGUACACCCUGUUAAACAAACGGAAAUAUGGAGACGGUACAAUUGGAGAGUGAUCCGGGCCCUUCGCAUGAAAAGUGAUGUGAUCGAAGAAGAUUCUAUACACAGUGAAGUGGCGAAACAACAAUUGAAAGAUGCGUUGGUGUAUUUUGAAAGCCUCCUUCAUAACAGUAAUUGCAUCACAGCAGAACUGUCAUCAUCAAUCAAUGAAGAAGCCAUGGUAAUUUGGGAAGAAAUGUUCCAGAAUAUGCUGCAAAUGCUCACCGAAAAAACCCUCAUUCAUGAUGAGGAACUGAUAGACAUUAAUGAAAUUGACAAUAAUAAUGCGUACGAAGACGUUGAAACGAGUCCCAUUGCCAACGAAUCAUCAGACGAAUACGAGCCGGAUGAGAAGAAAAAAAAGGGUAUGACUAUAUUUCUAUGGAUUACAAAAUUAGAGCUGUCAAUCUGGCCAAAGAACAUCCAGGAUGGAGUCUCAAAACUCUACAAAAAAAGGGGUGCUCUCGUUUGACAAAUAUUGGCUAUUUAUCCAUGUGCGAAGAGCAAAUCAAACGUGGCGGUAGCAAAUUUGAUAAAUAUUGUACCAUCGAUUCAUGGGUGCAUGAUCGCUUUGUAGAACCUCGACAAAACUUCCAGCAAGUUACUACCAGAAACCUGCAGCAGUGGUCCUUGGGCACUGCAAGUCAGUUCCCAGAUUUCAACUUCAAAGCUUCAAAAACAUGGGUCACCGAAUUUAAAAAGAAGCAUGGGAUUCGGCAAUGGAAAAUCACAAUAUUUGUUUCCCGCAAAGAGAUGGCUACCCAAGAUGAAAUUUUGGCCGCAGCAGACACCUUUCGGAUCCAGACGCGAACGUUGAUAACUAAUUUCGACAAAGAUUUCAUAAUUAAUACUGAUCAAACAGGGUGCCAGUACCAGUCCACGUUCAACAGAACUCUCGCUGAAAAAGGGUCAAAGGCUGUCCUGGUAACCCGACACAACAUGAACAAGAUUUGCAAGUUAUUUUUGAGACAUGAGUUAUCAGUACUACGAAAUCCCUGAUCAUGCUAUUGUUUAUAACAAAUUCAGACCAAGCACACCAAAGGAAAUAGCAGAAAAAAUUGUUGAUUAUCUGAAACAAGAGGUUACUGAUUUAGCCCUGGCUGUAGAUGUGGGCUGUGGUUCAGGUCAAAGUACUGAAGUACUGGCACCAUAUUUCCAAACAGUCAUUGGGAUUGAUCCAAGUGAAACUCAGAUUGUUGAAGCCCAAAAGAACAAUACCAUCCCAAACAUUGUUUACAGGGUGGGCUCAGCAGAGAAAAUAACAAGUCCAUCUGGUAGCGUUCAACUUGUAACAGCAGGACAGUCUUGUCACUGGUUUGAUAUGAAAAAGUUUUAUGCUGAAGUGGAGAGGCUCUUGGUACCUGGAGGAGUUCUAGCUAUAUAUGGCUACUUUUUGCCAAGGCCACAUUUCCCAGGAAAAUCAGAAGACUUAUGCAGUGUUGUAGACAAGUUUUACAGUGAUGUUCUGGGGAAAUAUGUACUUCCAGAGAGUAAGAAAGUAUACAUUGACAAUUACAAAGGAGGUGAUUUUAUGCAUUUUCCAUUCACAAAACAACCAGUUAUAAGGGAUGAAUCUGUCACAACUCAAAUUGAUGCUACUGUUGCUGAUCUUGUGGGAUAUGUAAGCAGUUGGUCAGCAUUUCAGAAUUAUGUGAAACUGGAAGGAAAGACCCAGGGAACAAUGGUCCUUCAGAAAUUUGAAAAAGAGGUUAUGGAUAUUCUGAAUGCAACAUCUGCUCCUGCUGAAACAAGAAUAACCAUAAAAUAUAAAUAUUUUAUUAUUAUGGGAAGAAAAUGAACAAUUUCAUAGGAAUUCUAGCUUUUGUAUCCUACUAUGUGCCAAAUAAAAUGAUACAAUAAGUGUUGAAAAAAUUGGAUGUGGUUGUUGUUUGUACCCAUUGUGUAACUGAAUUCAAUAAAAGUUCACCAUAUUGUGACAUUA